CCCUUCAGCUUCACUGGCUGAUCUUGUUCUCACUGUACACUUUACUAUAGCUUGCAAUGUGACACUAAAAUAUACUCUCUCACACGCACAUCACACCCCAUACACACACACACGCACGCAUACAGCCACACGCACAUACCGACACACGCUGGCACACACGCAUGCACGCACGCACACACGGACCCACGCGGAGGACCGGGCAAUCCAAAGUGGACUGACUUCUAGUUAGAGGAGAUCUACAUGUGUGCACAUCUUUAAGCAAGCAACGGGAAAGGAACUAAAUCUGGUCCAAGUCGGAACUAUUCUUCUUCUUUGUUUUUUAAAACUCCAUCCCCGUUUCUCCUGCAUCAUGUUUGGGGCUCCCAUGGCAUUGGAUUUUGUAGUGCUUUUCUGCCUGGCAUCUGCAAUUGCAGCUGUGGAAGAAACCCUAAUGGAUACUCGGACAGCCACAGCUGAACUUGGCUGGACAGCAAAUCCACCUUCAGGGUGGGAAGAAGUGAGCGGCUAUGAUGAGAACCUCAACACAAUCCGUACUUACCAGGUGUGCAAUGUUUUUGAACCCAACCAGAACAAUUGGCUUCUCACCACUUUUAUAAACCGACGGGGUGCACACCGCAUUUACAUAGAGAUGCGCUUCACUGUGCGGGACUGCAGCAGCCUUCCCAAUGUCCCUGGGUCUUGUAAGGAAACAUUCAACUUGUACUAUUAUGAAACAGACUCUGUCAUUGCCACCAAGAAGUCUGCCUUCUGGACAGAGGCCCCCUACCUCAAAGUGGACACUAUUGCUGCAGAUGAGAGUUUCUCUCAGGUGGAUUUUGGUGGUAGAUUGAUGAAAGUGAACACAGAGGUGAGGAGCUUUGGACCUCUAAAUCGCAAUGGCUUUUACCUUGCCUUUCAGGAUUAUGGGGCAUGCAUGUCACUGCUGUCAGUAAGGGUUUUCUUUAAGAAAUGCCCUAGUGUGGUGCAAAAUUUUGCCAUCUUCCCUGAGACUAUGACUGGAGCAGAAAGCACCUCACUGGUGAUUGCACGAGGUACAUGCAUCCCCAAUGCUGAGGAAGUGGAUGUACCCAUUAAAUUGUACUGUAACGGAGAUGGGGAAUGGAUGGUUCCCAUUGGCCGCUGUACCUGCAAGGCUGGAUAUGAGCCUGAGAACAAUGUGGCCUGCAAAGCAUGCCCAGCGGGGAUGUUCAAGGCAAACCAAGGUGCAGGUAUCUGCACUCAAUGUCCCCCCAACAGUCGUUCCACAUCAGAAGCUGCUCCCAUCUGCACUUGCCGCAAUGGAUAUUACCGUGCUGAUUCGGAUCCACCAGAGAUUGCAUGCACCAGCGUUCCUUCAGGACCGCGUAAUGUGAUCUCCAUUGUCAAUGAAACAUCGAUUAUACUAGAAUGGCAUCCACCUCGGGAGACAGGCGGACGUGAUGAUGUGACCUACAACAUUGUUUGCAAGAAGUGUCGCUCUGAUCGCCGUAGCUGCUCCCGCUGUGAUGAUAAUGUGGAGUUUGUGCCAAGGCAGCUGGGCCUCACGGAAACCCGGGUCUUCAUCAGCAAUCUAUGGGCCCACACGCCAUAUACCUUUGAGAUCCAAGCAGUCAAUGGAGUCUCCAAUAAAAGCCCUUUCCCACCACAGCAUGUCUCAGUGAACAUCACCACCAACCAAGCAGCUCCUUCCACAGUUCCCAUCAUGCACCAGGUAAGUGCCACCAUGAGGAGCAUCACACUGUCAUGGCCUCAGCCGGAACAGCCCAAUGGCAUCAUCCUGGACUAUGAGAUCCGUUACUAUGAGAAGGUGAGCCGGAUCUGCAUCCCCGAGAUUAGCAGCACUAUGGGCUCAAGACCAGCCACCGACCACAGUGAGUACAACUCUUCCAUGGCCAAGAGCCAGACCAACACAGCACGGAUCGAUGGGCUGCGGCCAGGGAUGGUGUAUGUGGUACAGGUGCGGGCUCGGACAGUGGCUGGCUAUGGGAAAUACAGUGGGAAAAUGUGCUUCCAAACACUAACGGAUGAUGACUACAAGUCAGAAUUGAGAGAGCAACUGCCAUUGAUUGCUGGGUCUGCAGCUGCAGGAGUUGUCUUUAUUGUCUCCUUGGUGGCUAUUUCAAUUGUUUGCAGCAGGAAGCGAGCUUACAGUAAAGAGGCAGUGUACAGUGAUAAGCUACAGCACUAUAGCACUGGUCGAGGGGAGUUUGGCGAAGUAUAUAAAGGGCGCCUGAAACUGCCUGGAAAGAGAGAAAUCUACGUGGCUAUUAAAACAUUAAAGGCUGGCUACUCAGAAAAGCAGCGACGGGAUUUCUUGAGUGAGGCCAGCAUCAUGGGUCAGUUCGAUCAUCCAAACAUCAUUCGGCUGGAAGGGGUGGUCACCAAAAGCCGACCAGUGAUGAUUAUCACAGAAUUUAUGGAAAAUGGAGCAUUGGACUCCUUCCUACGACAAAAUGAUGGGCAGUUCACAGUCAUCCAGUUAGUGGGAAUGCUACGAGGGAUUGCAGCUGGUAUGAAGUACCUUGCAGAAAUGAAUUAUGUCCACCGAGAUCUUGCAGCCAGGAAUAUACUGGUCAACAGCAACUUGGUCUGCAAAGUAUCUGACUUUGGACUCUCACGCUACCUACAAGAUGAUACCUCGGACCCAACAUACACCAGUUCAUUGGGUGGAAAGAUUCCAGUGAGGUGGACAGCUCCAGAGGCCAUUGCGUACCGCAAGUUCACUUCUGCCAGUGAUGUAUGGAGUUAUGGCAUUGUCAUGUGGGAAGUAAUGUCCUUUGGGGAAAGACCUUAUUGGGAUAUGUCUAAUCAAGAUGUAAUUAAUGCAAUUGAGCAAGACUAUCGGCUGCCUCCUCCUAUGGACUGUCCAGCUGCCCUCCAUCAGCUAAUGUUAGACUGCUGGCAGAAAGACCGCAACACCCGACCGCGUUUUGCUGAAAUAGUUAACACCCUAGAUAAAAUGAUCCGAAACCCAGCAAGCCUCAAAACUGUGGCUACCAUCACCGCUGUGCCUUCUCAGCCACUGUUAGAUCGCUCCAUCCCUGAUUUCACUGCCUUUACCUCAGUAGAAGAUUGGCUCAGUGCCAUCAAAAUGAACCAGUACAGAGACAAUUUUCUGACUGCUGGAUUCACAUCUCUUCAAUUAGUUGCACAAAUGACAUCAGAAGAUCUUCUAAGAAUAGGAGUUACCUUGGCUGGACACCAGAAGAAGAUCCUGAACAGCGUGCAGUCUAUGAGAGUGCAAAUGAGCCAGUCACCAACUUCAAUGGCAUGACACUCUAUGUCUUCUUACAAGAAUGGGG